AUGCCUCCCGAAGAACGCCUCUUACCAGUAGGAUCGAGGAAGAUGCUGUGCCGAAAGUUCGCCCGCUUCUUUACCCAGCGGGCUGAGCAUUUCGUCAUCCUCCGGCGGAAGCCCAUCGAAGGCUACGACAUCAGCUUCCUCAUCACCAACACUCACUUGGAGGAGAUGGUGAAGGAGCAGAUCGUGAACUUCAUUAUCGAGUUCAUGGAGGACAUCGACAAGGAGAUCAAAGACCUGAAGAUUGCGCUGAACACCCGGCUUCGCGCCGCCGCAGCGGCCUACAUGUCCCAGUUCUCUCAACGAGGAUGA